AUGCGGGAUUCAGAUUCCCAACUUGCCUUAUAUACCACAUCAAUUUGUAAUCUUGAAGUUCAAAUAGGGAAAAUCUCUCACGCUCUUAACACUCGUGCUAAGGGUGCAUUACCAAGUGACACGGUAGUGAACUCAAAGGGUGGUAAUAAUACGGGGCAUGUUAUGACGGUUAUCACAAGAAGUGGAAGAGGCGAGAAUGCACCCACCUCAAAUAAAACGAACCUUGUAGAUGAUGACAAAGUGAUCCAAGAGGAGGAAAUCCCACCAAAUGAUGUUCAAAUACAUGAUUACGUUCAGAUUGAUAUUGAUGAUAGUGUGGAGGAGACCAAAGAAGAGGUGAACCUAUCUAGGGAACACAUUAUUGACAUACUAGAACCAGUAGUGCAAAAGACUAAGGCACAAUUGCCAAAGCCUCCACCCCUUUAUCCUCAAAGCUUUGGAACAAAUGCCCGGUUAUGCAAAUUUAUGAAAGAUCUUGUAACUAAGAAGAGGUCGAUAAAUUUUGAAACCAUUAAGGUCACUCAUCAAGUGAAUGCAAUUAUUCACUCCAUGGCUCCCAAAUUAGAGGAUCCCGGUGCUUUUAUAAUUCCUUGUACUAUUGGAAGUGGCGAUUUUGCUAAAGCUCUUUGUGAUCUUUGGGCGAGUAUCAAUUUGAUUCCCUACUCGGUUGCAAAUGGUCGAUUGUUCUAUGAAGAGGCCAUUGGAGUGAUUGAGGAUGUUUUGGUCCGAGUUGAUAAAUUUAUCUUUCCAGCAGACUUUAUGAUUUUAGAUUGUGAGGUUGAGUAUGAAGUGCCUAUCAUUCUUGGGAGGCCUUUCCCUGCUACGGGUAAGGCCCUUUAUGAUAUCGAAGCCGGAGAAAUCACUUUUUGGGUUGGUGAUAAACAAGUGGUAUUCCAUGUUGCUACAAUCAAUGUUGGUGAUAGGUUGGAAGCCAUUUUGCUCAACUUUGAUGAUGAUAAGAUGGAUAGUUUCAUGGAAUGUAUGAAUUCUUUGCAAGGAAUGGGGUAUUACAACUAUGCACCCCAAAAGUUAUCAUUGGAUCUUGAGAAUAAGAAGAAUCCUCCCACAAAGCCUUCAAUUGAAGAGCCACCAACCUUGGAAUUAAAACCAUUGCCACCUCACCUUCGUUGCGAGAAAUCGUUCGCACCUGCGAACUCAGCUAGCCAGGCCUGGACCGCAUCUGAGGGCAAUGGGCCACACCUGCGUGCCCGCUCCUACAGAUAA